AUGGCUAAUGAGAAAGGACCUGACACCACGGCAGCGCAGGACAAGUUCCCCCUCGCGCAGGGAGUCCCUCUCGACGUGCAGAUCGUCGACGUCCAAGAGAAGCAGAAUCUCUCUCGCGGACUCAAACAGCGCCAUGUGCAGAUGAUCGCUAUUGCCGGUGCCAUUGGCACCGGUCUGUUUCUCGGCCUGGGAUCGUCCAUCCAGACGGGCGGUCCCCUGGGUGCGCUGCUUGGCUACCUGCUCGUCGGCCUCGUGGUCUGUGCGGUGCAGUUCGCCCUGGGCGAGGUGUCUGCCCUCAUGCCUGUUACUGGCUCCUUUGUGCGCCAUGCCGAGGUGCUCGUCGACCCGGCGCUGGCGUUCGCCAUCGGGUGGAACGUCGUGUACGGCGCGUUUAUGAGCGUGCCCAGCGAGAUCUCGGCCGCUGUCGUCCUGAUCCAGUACUGGACCGACACCAGCGCCGCCAUCUGGGUCACCGUGCUGAUCGUGCUGUCCGUCCUGGUGGCCGUGCUGUUUGUGGGCGUCUACGGCGAGGUCGAGUUCCUUUUCGCUAUCCUGAAGAUCCUGCUGGUUGUGGGUGUCGUCAUUAUGGGCCUGGUGAUCGAUCUGGGUGGCGUCCCUGGUCAACCGCGUCUGGGAUUUCACUACUGGAAACAUCCUGGCCCCUUUGUCGAGUACAUCGCUCAAGGCUCCUGGGGCCGGUUCCUGGGCUUCUGGGCCGUCAUGAACAACGCCGUCUACUCGUUCUCCGGCGUCGAGAGUCUCUCCAUGGCCGCAGCGGAAACACGAAACCCACGCCAGAACAUCCCCAAGGCCUGCAAGAGGGUCUUUGCUCGGAUCACCAUCUUCUACCUCGCUGCGGUCUUGGUUGUGGGCAUGCUGGUUCCAAGUGACGACCCCCGACUCUCGGACGAUUCAGGGACGGCGGCGCAGAGCCCGUUCGUCAUUGCAGCCAGUGCUGCUGGAAUCAAGGCAGUGCCGUCGAUAGUCAAUGCAGUUGUCUUGACCUCCGCGUGGUCGGCAUCGAACCAGAGCAUCCUCGCCGGCACUCGAACGCUCUACGGGCUGGCUUUGAAGGGCUAUGCUCCGAAAUUCUUCCUGUGGACUACCCGUUGGGGCGUUCCCUACAUGUGUGUACUCCUGCAGGUGGCAUUCUCGCUGCUGGCCUACAUGUGCGUCUCCAAUGGCGCGCUGACAGUCUUCUACUGGCUGCUGGACCUCACCGCAGCGGGCGUGCUGAUCUCCUGGAUCACGAUUGCCCUGAAUCACAUCCGGUUGAUGCGCGCGCUGAAGGCUCAGGAGAUCUCUCCGGAUGAGUUGCCUUGGCACAAUCGUGCGACAGGUAAGACUUCUCCGUCGUUUAUGGGAGAUUACCAACUGACCCGUCCAGUAUUUUCGUCCUGGUUCGCUCUUGUCGCGUGUAUUAUCUUUCUCCUCACGGGCGGCUUUACGGUAUUUACCAAGGGCAACUGGGACCCUGCCAGCUUCGUGUCGUCGUAUUUAGACAUUCCCCUGGUAUUGGUAGUCUACGGCGGCUACAAGCUGAUCCGAAGGACGAAGAUUGUUCCGCUGAAGGAAGUGCCCCUACGGCAGGCCCUGGACGAAGCAUACCAGGAUCCGGACAAUGUGCCGAUCCAGACGAGCGGGUGGUCGCGGCUGAAUAUUUUAUGGGGUUGA